UGUCUAGUAUUUUGCCUCUUUUCUUCAAAUUGAAUGCGCAUUAAAGCGUUUUAAACGAGAACAAAUGACGUCAUACUAUAAAAGAGUGUGUAUGUACAUUAACGGUCCAGUUUAGGAUGUUAACGAGUAACAAAGAUAGUUAGAGGAAAUGUAGUAAAAGUAGUGCAGAUACUUGAAUUUUGUACAAAUAAAAUACUUACUCCAGACCUCCAACAGCUAAAAUAGUUUUUAUUUAAAAAGUUAUAUAUAACCAAUGUAGAGUGUAUUCACUGUGUUUAAUACAUAACUAAUUUUUGAAUUAUUUAGAGCUUUUCUAGUCUUGACAAGCUGCUUUACACUACAGUUUUCACCCAUUCACACGCUGCAACAUGGGGUUAAGUGUCUUUGCUCAAGGACACAUGUCGACGAGCGGAGCCAGGAAUGGACCACACAACCUUCAGACAAAGACAAGUCGCCCUACCACUGAUCCAUCGUGGCUCAAUCCUAACUCCUCUCAGUCGCGCUCUUACAAGUUGCCCUCUCAUCUUAAGCUGUGUCAGCCCAUUCUGUCCUUAAAUUUGAAGGGAAUUGCCCCCGGGAAGUCUUUGAAAAGUCCUUAAAUUUGAUGUCAACCAAGGAUCGUUCACUUGUGCCGCCGGCGCAGCGACGGGGCCUUCGUCAUCCUGAAGGAAAUUCCAGUGGAGCAGAUGUCGCGGGACGAGCGUCUGGCAGCUCAGAACGAGUGUCAGGUGCUGAAACUGCUCAACCACCCCAACAUCAUCGAGUACUAUGAGAACUUCCUGGAAGACAAGGCUCUCAUGAUCGCCAUGGAGUACGCACCAGGUGGGACUUUGGCUGAUUACAUACAGAAGCGCUGUAACUCUCUGCUGGACGAGGACACCAUCCUUCACUUCUUCGUCCAGAUCUUACUGGCCUUGUAUCACGUCCACAACAAGCUCAUCCUGCACAGAGACCUGAAGACGCAGAACAUUCUCCUGGACAAGCACCAGAUGAUCGUCAAAAUUGGCGACUUUGGCAUCUCCAAGAUCCUCGUCAGCAAGAGCAAAGCGUACACGGUGGUUGGGACUCCAUGCUACAUUUCCCCAGAGCUGUGUGAAGGAAAGCCGUACAACCAGAAGAGUGACAUCUGGGCUCUGGGCUGUGUGCUCUAUGAGCUUGCGAGCCUGAAGAGAGCCUUCGAGGCAGCUAAUUUACCCGCCCUCGUUCUGAAGAUCAUGAGCGGGACUUUCGCUCCAAUCUCAGACCGGUACAGCACAGAACUGCGACAGCUCAUCCUCAACAUGCUCAACCUGGAUCCGUCCAAACGGCCCCAACUGAACGAAAUCAUGGCCCUUCCCGUUUGCAUCAGGCCUCUGCUUAACCUGUACACGGACAUAGGCAACGUCAAAAUGCGCAGGAUUGAGAAACCGCUGUCGACAAUGCACUCGUGUCAUGGUAGAGCAGGAGGCAGAGUUCCCACUAACAGGUCCAGAGAUGCAUCAUUCGGUCUGGGGUCGGGUAAAGUGCACACACUCCCACUGUCCGCGGUGUAUACCUGGGGAAGUGGAAUCUCUGCGCCUUUACGUCUGCCGAUGCUAAACACCGAGGUGCUGCAGGUUUCUCUGGGCCGAACUCAGAGGAUGGGGGUCACCAGGUCUGGACGUCUGAUCACAUGGGAGGCUCCGUCAGUGGGAUCCGGUGAGGCCAGUCUCCCCGGUGUGGCGGACCAGAUGCAGCCUCAGUUUGUGUCUCGCUUCCUGGAGGGUCAAUCUGGGGUCACCAUUAAGUCUGUGUCCUGUGGCGACCUCUUUACCACCUGCAUGACAGACAGAGGAAUCAUCAUGACGUUUGGAAGUGGGAGCAACGGCUGUUUAGGACACGGAAACUUCAACGACGUCACACAGCCCAAGAUAGUGGAGGCCCUCCUCGGCUAUGAGCUGGUUCAGGUGUCGUGCGGCGCUUCCCACGUUCUCGCCGUGACCAACGAAAGAGAAGUAUUUGCCUGGGGAAGAGGAGACAAUGGUCGCCUAGGGCUGGGGACGCAAGACACCCACAAUUCUCCACAGCAAGUGUGUCUGCCGGCGGAGUUCGAGGCCCAGAGGGUGGUGUGCGGCGUCGACUGCUCGAUUAUUAUCAGCACCCAACACAGGAUUGUGGCAUGUGGAAGCAACAGAUUCAACAAGCUCGGCUUGGAUGCGGUCACAGCUGGAGAGGAGCCGCUUUCCUCAAACCAGGUGGAAGAAGUUCACUCGUACACUCAUGUUCAAUCAGCACCACUCAACAGCGACAAGAUAGUUUACAUUGACAUCGGGACGGCCCACUCUGUUGCUGUCACAGACCGGGGGGAGUGUCUUACCUUUGGCAGUAACCAGCACGGUCAGAUGGGUUGCAGUUCCCGUCGUAGCAGUCGCAUUCCUUACCUGGUUCCCGGCCUGCAGGGAAUCACCAUGGCUGCCUGUGGCGACGCCUUCACCUUAGCUAUCGGACCUGAAGGGGAGGUUUACACCUGGGGAAAGGGCGCCAGAGGCCGCCUCGGCAGGAAGGAGGAGGACUCCGGGAUCCCGAGGCCCGUGCAGCUCGACGAGAGCCACCCGUUUGCGGUGACAUCGGUGGCUUGUUGUCAUGGCAACACUCUGCUGGCAGUGAAACCUCUGCUCGAGGAAACUGUCCCGAGAUGAUUCCAGACCACGCCCUCUUCCAACGCGGUCGCCGCAAAGCUCGGCGAUGGUGUGGAGCGACCGGAGGCCCAGCUGAAAGAUUCCCCGUUCCUCCUGCAGCUGUAGCCUCCUCCUCCCUCUCUGUCUGUUUCUUUUUUUGUGCAGGGAUGAAUGUUUUUCUUCAUCACCGAGCCAAACACGGCCAAAGGUCAAUCCCUGACCGCCGCCACAGCAGCAGCAGCAGGUGUGUGUGUGCGCCACAACAUGUUGGACAAAGCCAUGUUGUAACACCAUUGUCGUUUGUGAAGCCCGUCAGGGAGGGAGGAGACACAGGAAGUGGUUGGUCUGCUUUCAUGUGGCGAGGCAUUUUUGUCGGCGCUCACAUGCAGGAGUGGUGCGUGAAAGUGCCCCGACCGGUCUGAUGACAGCUUUUUCAGAGAGUCGCGAUUCAACGCACAGAGGAGAGGAGAAAAGAGGCCAGAGUUCAUCAGUGGUCACUGUAGUGGAUUAUUCAGGCUCUCGUAAGUGUAGCCAUUUAAACAGAGUGGAUAACGACGCGGCGUUUGGGCUCAGAGUGAACAAACACACGUUUACCUCUUCCAACUGUGCUUUUGUCUCAGUUCACUCCCUCAUCCCUUCAUUCACCAACCAAUCAUCCAUUCAUCCAUCCAUUCAUCCAUUGGUUCAAUGGGGGGGUUGCACAUUCAGCCAGUCCCAGUUUGCUUUUGCACUUCAGUGUGAGUGAGUGAGUGUGUAAGUGAGAGUAUAUGUGAGUGAGUGAGUAAGUAAGAGGAUAAGUGAGUGUGUGAGUGAGUGAGUGUGUAAGUGACAUGGUUUUAUAUGACAUAAGAUUUUUUUUUUCCAAAAAAUGGGCAGUGCAAUGCCUUAAAAAUACACUCGGACACAUUUGUUAACGUCCAACAGGCUGUUUAUACAUUUUAAAUACACAAAAUGAACACGUAUGUAGAAUUACUUCCAAUUUAACGGACGAUGAUUUAAUUAAAACUUGUAAUAAAUCAUCUCAACUAAGUAGAAUGAUGAACUGGGCCCUUAAUAACCUGUUAAAUUUGACAUUGUGUGACAUUGUAGUCACCUUUUUGUUUUAUAUGUGUAUUUCAGUGUUUGUGAAUAUAUACUGUAUAUGUAUAUUUAUGAAGAUUGUCAUCCUUAUUUCACCCUCUUUUUUAAUAUUUGUAUAUGAUGAUGUAAUAUGUAAUGUGAUCUGAUUUAUUAUUAUUUUAUGAUUUAAAUCAGUGUCUUAAGUCACAUGCAGCUGCUUUUCUGUUCACAUUUUUUUUUAAUUCAAGAUGUAUUAGUGUAUUUAUUGUAAAAUAAAUUUUAAUCCUAUUCAUAA